AGAAGAGAACAAAGUGUAAAUUGACAAAUCUCAGGGCUUCUUCAAGUGAGAAAGAGAGUUUUCCAGUGAAUCUCAUACUUGUUAAUGGCUGGAAAGUAUCAAAGGGAGAGAUCCUCAUCUCCAUUUUCUUCUUCUUCGACAAUUUUUGUAUCAAUUAUCUCUCUUGUCGUUAUAGUCUCUCUCUUCUUUUUCUUCUCUUCUUCCCCUUCCUCUCAAACAAGUUUUAAUCGAAACACUUUACCUGUUUUUGAGAACCCUGAAAUUAAACCUGAACUCUCCUUCGUGACUUCUCUUGAGAAAUUUCUCACUUACAGAUCUCGAACUAAAAAUCUACAUGACGAUACUGCUGUUGCUAAUGAAGAAUCUGUAAAAAAAUUAGAUGAGUUGAUUUGGAAGAAUGAAAUGGAGAGAGUGUAUGAAGAUCAGUUUGAUUCGGCUUCUUCAAUAUCAAAUGUUCUUAAAGUUUAUGUAUAUGAAAUGCCAGCCAAAUUCACUUAUGAUCUACUUUGGUUGUUUAGGAAUACUUAUAAGGAUACUUCAAAUCUCACUUCUAAUGGAAGUCCUGUGCAUCGUUUAAUCGAGCAACAUUCUAUAGAUUAUUGGCUAUGGGCUGAUUUGAUUGCCCCAGAGUCAGAGAGGCGGUUGAAAAGUGUUGUUAGGGUUUAUCGGCAAGAAGAGGCAGACCUGUUUUACAUUCCAUUCUUCACAACUAUCAGCUACUUCUUACUGGAGAAACAGGAAUGCAAAGCACUUUAUAGGGACGCUUUGAAGUGGAUAACUGAUCAACCUGCUUGGAAUAGAUCUGAAGGAAGAGACCACAUCCUUCCAAUUCAUCAUCCUUGGUCUUUCAAGUCAGUUCGAAAAUCUGUGAAGAAGGCAAUUUGGAUUCUACCAGACAUGGAUUCUACUGGGAAUUGGUACAAGCCUGGUCAAGUUUGGCUGGAAAAGGACCUUAUUCUUCCUUAUGUUCCAAAUGUUGAAGUAUGUGAUGAUAAAUGUAUGUCAGAGACCGAAAAAACAAGAAAUACUCUACUAUUUUUCCGUGGGAGGCUCAAAAGAAACGCGGGAGGAAAAAUUCGAGCCAAACUAGGAGCAGAACUGAGUGGUGUUGAAGGUGUCGUUAUAGAGGAGGGCACAGCUGGAGAUUCAGGGAAGAAAGCAGCUCAGGAGGGUAUGCGUAGGUCUAUCUUUUGUCUAAGCCCUGCUGGAGAUACUCCAUCUUCUGCUAGAUUGUUUGAUGCUAUUGUCAGUGGAUGUAUACCUCUGGUAAUUAGUGACGAGUUGGAGCUUCCGUUUGAAGGAUUACUUGAUUAUCGAAAGAUAGCUUUAUUUGUGUCAUCAAGCGAUGCUAUUCUAUCAGGGUGGCUGAUAACAUUCCUAAAAAGUAUCAAGCCUAGUAAAAUCAAAGAGAUGCGUAUUAAUAUUGCCAAGCACAUGAAGCAUUUCCUGUAUUCCCAUCCCGCUCAACCUUUGGGCCCAGAGGAUUUAACAUGGAGAAUGCUUGCUGGUAAGGUUUCAAACAUCAAGCUGCAUAUCCGUAGAUCACAGCGCGUAGUGAAAGAAUCAAGGCGCUUGUGCACAUGUGAAUGCCGACCAGCAGCAAAUAUCACAACUCUCUUCUAAUUGUGGCUCAAGCUAAAGGCAUCAGGAGCACCACUUGUUCUGCUUUUCCUUUUCACUUAGUAUUGGAACUAGAUUAACUCCAAUUUUUCCAUCAAAAAAAAAAAGAAGAAGAGAAGAUUGCUCCAAUCUGUAUUUAAAGGUUGUAUGUUUCGUGUUUCCUUGUUGUUUGUGAUUAAAUAUAACAAGAAUAGUGCAAGUCAAUUAUUCCAAUGAAUCUAUUCAACCACAUUUGCUAUCUGG